AGAGCGGGGCAGGAUUAAAUUGCAGGGUCUUCACAUUGGGAACCUUUUCUCUGCUCUGCCUUUUCCAGCCAGGACCGACUGCCAACAGAACCCUUGGCUCUAUCCUCUGUCCACUGAACCUCUUGUUUGCCCAUUCUAACCUGUCCAGUCACACUAUGGACCCCAACGCCAUCAAGGAGGAGCUGCGUCUCUUUCAGAGCACCCUGCUACAGGACGGCCUGAAGGAGCUUCUGAAUGAGAACAAGUUUGUGGACUGCACCCUGAAGGUAGGCGACCGCAGCUUCCCCUGCCAUCGGCUGAUCAUGGCUGCCUGUAGCCCUUAUUUCAGGGAUAUCUUCUUCACAGAGGAUGGGAAGGAGGUGGAGAACACCAAAGAGGUGGUCCUGGAAGAUGUUAACCCCUCAAUCCUGCACAUGAUUAUCCAGUAUCUUUACUCAGCUGAGAUUGACCUGACUGAUGACAAUGUUCAGGAUAUAAUCGCAGUGGCAAACAGGUUCCAGAUCCCUUCUGUCUUUACAGUUUGUGUCAACUAUCUACAGAAGAAGCUGUCCCUGGGGAACUGCAUGGCCAUUUUCAGGAUGGGCCUGGUGCUCAGCUGUCCCAGACUCGCUGUGGCUGCACGCAACUUCAUAGCCGAGCGCUUUGAGUUUCUCCACAAGGACGAGGAGUUCCUGAAGCUCGCAGCUCAUGAGUUGUUCGCUGUCAUUGGUGGAGAUGCCUUAAAUGUGGAGAAAGAAGAGCUGGUGUUUGAGGCUGUCAUGGCCUGGGUCCGUUAUGACAAGGAGUCACGCAUCAAGGUCUUGAAGGAUGCUUUCAACUGCAUCCGUUUCCGCCUGCUGCCAGAGAAAUACUUCAAGGAGAAAGUGGAGACUGACGAGAUCGUCAAGGCUGACCCGGAGCUUCAGAAGACAAUCCAGGUCAUCAGGGAUGCCUUCAAGGGGAAGCUUCCAGAGAAACCCAAGACCAAGGAGGGGGAGGAGGGCGCCAGCAAGGAAGGAGGUGAGGAAGAGGAGAGUCCAUUCCCCGGCUUCCUGAAUGACAACCGCAGACAUGGCAUGUACACACGUGACUUUAUCCUGAUGAUCAAUGACACAGCGGCUGUGGCGUAUGACGUCAACAAGAACGAGUGUUUCUUUGCUGCCAUGUCGGAGCAGGUUCCACGUAACCACGUCAGUGUGGUGUCACAAAGGAACCAGCUCUUCAUCAUUGGAGGACUUUUUGUGGAUGAAGAAAACAAGGAUGUGCCUUUACAGUGUUACUUCUAUUUGCUGGAUCCAUUCACAUUUGAGUGGGUGGCUCUGCCCCCCAUGCCUUCUCCUAGAUGCCUGUUCAGCAUCGGUGAGAGUGAGAACUUGUUGUUCACCGUGGCUGGAAAAGACCUGCAGACCAACGAGUCACUGGACAGCGUUAUGUGCUACGAUGUUGAAAAAAUGAAGUGGACUGAGACCAAAAAGCUUCCUCUGAAGAUCCACGGCCAUGCUGUCGCCUCUCAUAAAGGACUGGUUUACUGCAUUGGAGGAAAAACAGAUGACAACAAAGCCCUGAACAAAAUGUUUGCAUACAACCACAAGCAGUCAGAGUGGAGGGAGAUGGCGGCCAUGAAAACACCCAGAGCCAUGUUCGGAGCCGUCAUCCACAACGGCAAGAUUGUUGUGGCUGGUGGAGUCAAUGAGGAGGGCCUCACUGCCACGUGUGAGGCUUACGACUUUACAACAAACAGGUGGGAGCCUUUUACAGAGUUUCCUCAGGAGAGAAGCUCCGUCAACCUUGUUAGCAACGGAGGCCUCUUGUACGCCGUGGGCGGCUUUACCAUGGUUCAGAUGGAGAACAAGGAAGUGGCUCCCACAGAGGUCACUGACGUCUGGCAGUAUGAGGAUGACAAGAAGCAGUGGACCGGCAUGCUGAGGGAGAUGCGCUAUGCUGCUGGCUCCUCCUGUGUGUCUAUUCGACUCAAUGCUGCAAGGAUGCCCAAACUGUAGACACACCAGCUUCUCAAACACUUCAUCCUCCAGUAACUAUCCUCUGAACUCAUCCUGCUGCCAUUUACCACCACCUUUCCCACAAUAUAAAAAAAAGAAGUCUUGAUUCGGCUGAUCUUUAAAUCUCUGUUUACAUCAUUUCUAUUUCUUCUUUUGUAAAAAAUAAACAUUUGUACUUCG